AUGUCCGGUCCGCCUGGUCCGCCUCGUCGUCCGUCGCUUUUGAUUCCACAUGCAUAUUGGGAGCUGAUCAAAGAUAAUGAUGGGGAACAAAAAGAAUACAUUACACUGACAAUUUAUACUGUUACUGAAAAACAAGGAAUGAAACGUUUCAUGCAUGUUAAAACGCUGAUCUUGCCACCUGUGAAACCAGUGAAACAGACACCCAAAAAUCCCGUUCAAAUUCGUCUAACAACAAACAAUAUCAGAGAACGCGAAGUGCAAAUACAAAUAGCUGUGAUCAGUGGUCAUGAGAAUUCUUUUAUAAAUUCCGACUUGGAGGUGUUCGAUGAGAAUACCGGUCCAAGCAACAAACGAGAAAAGCCACAAGCAUGUAUUGAUUAUUCAUAUCUUUACCUGGCUUUUGUUCUUGGUAAAGGGCAAAAAAUUGAUUGGUCAACAUUAUGUUUUUCAAAUAGGAUGAGGAUAGUUCCAAACGCGGAGCUGACUGCAUCUUUACGUCCACAAAACAACCGUCCUCGAAAACGACCUGCAUCCGAGAAUCGGAAAACGAAAUUAAGCCGAAAAGCCGUUCAAGAUUUCAAGCACCUUGAUUGUAAUACAGCAAGUAUUUUAAAUCAUACAAUCACAGGUAGUGUGCAGAGUGAUGACCUGUUUUUGAGUACAUUAGCCGACAUUAUAAUUGUUUAG